AUGAAUAUAAGUACAAGUUGUGCUCAUUCAAUCAGAGAUUUUAGAUGGAAGAAUAUUAUAUUAGGAUGUUUCAGUCUUUUAGGUUUAAUAUUUAGUUGUAAGAGCUUUGUAUUGGAUUCUAAUACCUUCUAUUAACUUAUUUAUAUUUCAGAACUCAUAAUUGGUUACUUUAUGAUGUUAGUUGUCUUUAUUAAUUAGUUCUUGGCAAUGAGAUAAACUUAAUAUGUACUUACAAUGAGUUAUUUAAUAAAUGAAACUUAGAGAGUAAAUGUGUAAUAUACAGAUUAAGAAUUAGAAGAAAUGAUAAAAGAUGGUAUUAUUAAUAUUUUAACAUUUAGAAUGUCGCAAUCAUGUUUCUAAAUGUUCAGUCUUUUAUACAAGUAUUAAAAUGUGUUUUCACAAUUUUUGUUGUGAAUCUAAAGAUUUCCUUUAUCUUGUUUUAUCGGCUGGUGUAAUAAUUUCAUAUUUUUUUGAAUAACGAUUUUAAUAAGAAGAUAUAGGUGGUAAAGUAUUUAUACUCUUUUGUGUAACUUUUUGGGAUUUAUUACUUGUUACUCUAGGGUUUAUUAUAGAAAUGCCAAGAAGAAUUAGAUAAUAUUAUAAAAUGAGAGCCUUACAUAGAAGAGCAACUAGAUUAUAAUUCUUAGAUUUGUAAAGAUAAGUAUAAUCUUUGGGGGAUAAUAAUUUAGAGGGUUAAUAAGGAUUGUAUAUAGAUUUAUUACAUCAUGAUUUAAUAGUUGAUUAGAAUAAUGAAUAAAGACAAAAUGGUUUUUAAGGAUAAAAUGCUAUAAAUGCUGAAGAUGAAUAAGUCUAAUGUUAAAUAUGUUUUGAAGAUAUGAAUGAGAAUACCAAUAUUUAAUAAUUAUAAUGCCAUCCAUCUCAUAUAUUCCAUUCUGACUGUAUUACUAGUUGGUUUUAAAGAAAAGUAUAAUCUUAUAAAUUACUUAGCGUUAAGAAAAUUUAGUUCCUAGUUGCCCUAUUUGUAGAGCACCAUAAAAUAGAUGA